UUUGUACUAUAAAUAUGGAGUAGAAAAUUACAAAAUUUCAAAUCAAGGACAGGACUCCAAGGAAAAUGUUUCUCCAUUUUGGAAUACUACUUCUUCUGUCCCAAGGACUCCUUGGCGAAGUGAACAUUUCGGAAGCUAUUGAUGGUGACAGCCGAAUAGUUGGUGGCAAAGAUGCCACUCCAGGCAUGGCUAAGUACCAAGUUUCAAUUCGUGGUCAUCAAGGAAACCAAGAAUGGCACAGUUGCGGAGGGUCUAUUUUAAACGAAGAGUAUGUGUUAACAGCAGCUCAUUGCCUUUAUCGAAAACGAGCUAACGAGUUGUCUUUAGUAGUUGGCAGUCACCAGAUCAAUAAAGGCGGCGAACGUUACAAGAUUAAGAAAUUGGUCCUUCACGAGAAGUAUUCUAAGCCGAAAAUAAAGAAUGACAUAGCCAUCAUACAGAUCCAAGGCAAAUUCAAAUUCAGCGAUAAGGUUCAACCCAUUGAGUUGUUAAAAGAAAUGGCACCCAUUGGAAAGAAAAGUCUCUUGACUGGAUGGGGAUACGUAAACUAUAGAAAGAGAACUGUACCAAACGAUCUACAAAUGUUGGAGUUUAAAACAAUAAGCAAUGACGACUGCAAUAAACAAUUUGAAAAAUUACCUUACCCGAAUUUGUUGCCCGUAGACGCCGGACAACUCUGCGUUAAGCGCCCAAAAGACAAGGGUGUAUGCAAAGGUGAUUCUGGUGGUCCUCUGGUCAUUCAGGACGAUAAGAACAAAACUGUUCAAAUAGGAGUCGUGUCCUGGGGAUAUCCCUGCACCGCCGACUUUCCUGAUGUAUUUGCCUCAGUCCAUGGUCUCUACGAUUGGAUACAGAGCAAAAUUAAAUGAACAAUUUAAUAAUUCAAAAUAAAUAUCGUUUGAAAUAAAA